ACAUCGCUCGUUUUAACUCAUCAAUCACUUGAAAUCUAGAAAAGCGUCAGUCUAGGUUUUCAUGCCUAAAUCUUCCCACUAUCGUCAGUCAACCUCACAUUUUCCCCAACAACAAACUCGCCACUUCAUGCUUCUUUCUGUCUGAUAAUAAUAUUAUUACUUUUCUUUCACCAUACCGUCUUCCGGUCUUGCUCAUCUCAAAUUAUCGUCUCUCGGAUCAAACCCACGUCAUUCAGAAUCGGACAUAAUGCCGACCCCAGUCAAGCCUAAGCCAGUCAAAGUGUCGCCGACUCCCAUCAAGAGGAAGGCCGAAGAGCUGCAGGAUACAACAAUCUACUUCGACCAGAAGGGAGACCUACGCUUCAUGGUCGGAGCCGAGGAGAGGGUCUUUGUGGUGUGCUCUCGGACGGUCUCGAGGGCCUCGGUCGUCUUUGAACGGAUGCUAUACGGCCCGUUUGCCGAGAAGAAACCAGACGACACCGACAGCGACUGGGUGGUCAAGCUUCCAGAGGACAGCAGUAAAGGCCUGGAGGUGAUAUUCAACGUUGUUCAUGCUCGCUUCAAGCUUGUGACGGACUUUCUCGGGCUGGAUGACUUGUUCGAUGUCAUGGUCAUGGCCGACAAGUACGACACUAUGGAGCCUAUACAACCAUGGUGCAGACGGUGGGCAGAAAAUGCAAAGCGGAUCUACAGUUGUGGCACUGAACGCGGACAAGAGCUCAUGAUCCUCUGGACUGCUUGGAAAUUAGGAAGCAGUGCCCUGUACGAGCAGGCUGCUGUAAGACUGCUACCGCGAAUCUCGAGGCCUCCAUCCACGUCCCGCAGCCCAACAACAGUUGACAUCAAGUCCUAUUUGGUCGGCGAGCAGCGCAUGUCGGAAAUGGAUGGCUUCAAGUACGCAGGCUCGGCGUCGAUAAUUCAGCCCGUUCUGCGAGUGCGCGAGAUCGUGCUUCAGAGAAUGAUAGAUGCCGUCAAUUUGGGCAAAAGGGAACUUAUGAAUGAGAAGAAAACAUCGCCUUGCCAGGUCCGAUAUCAAGAGAAUGGACCGAAAAAUAAGAGACAAGCCUGCAAGACAAUGCUUGCCGGGUCCAUUUGCCUCAACCAAGCCGCCUGGUCCAAGGUGCCUACGUUCGCCAAAGAUGUUUGCCACAGCGUGGAGAGCUUCCAACAUGAGAUAGACUCCGUCUUGGACACACUCAUGACCCUCACAGGUCAUAACAGGUGCAGCCCCAAGGAAAUGAUAGUCGAUGAUGUGAAGAAGGCUUCGGUGCUGGAGACAACCAGCAUAUUUAUCGAUAGGAAACUGUACAGAUGCCUCGUAUCUCUGUCCUGAAAGCUUGAGGUAUUAUUGCCAACCGCUCCUAGGACUGGAGUAUGCGAUGAUGGACCAGAGUACCCUCGAUUCAGCUCAGAUAUCACAACUGUGGGGAUACAAGAAGUAUGCCAUUUCAAAAGCGUUGCUAUGGAAGAAAAUGGGCUAUUUGGAGGCCUGAUGUUUCGCGAUGCUUUUGAUUCACAGCGCCUAGUUAGCAGCAAAAACAGCGCUUGGACUUGGACUUUCUCUAGAAAAGCAUUGUUGGAGCCGUAUGCCAAGUUUUCAGCCUGACAGACAAAGACGUUCGAUAGAAACAACGGAGAGAAUAGGGGGCAAGAGAGAGGGAAUAGACAAGGAGAAAGGG